GCAAGUUGCAGUCUGUGCUUUCUUUCUCUCAAGUGUUCAUCAAUGGCGGCUUUUGCGAAGCUUGUACUCAAGAGAAGAAACUUCUUCGUCUCCGGACAAAAUUUGAUCGGAUCUAAAUUCUAUACAUCUCAACCGUUGCCGGAACCUUCAUUUGCUCGGAGAAUUAGAGAUCUGCCCAAAGAUCUACCUGGCACUAACAUCAAAAAAGACGUUUCUCAGCUUAUUGGAAAAACACCCCUUGUAUACCUCAACAAAGUCACAGAGGGUUGUGGUGCUUAUGUAGCAGUCAAGCAAGAAAUGUUUCAACCAACUUCUAGCAUCAAAGACAGGCCUGCGCUUUCUAUGAUGAAUGAUGCAGAAGAGAAAAACCUGAUCACGCCCGGAAAGACGGUGUUGAUUGAACCCACAUCGGGAAACAUGGGAAUCAGUAUGGCGUUCAUGGCCGCUUUAAAAGGGUACAAGAUGGUGUUGACGAUGCCCUCAUACACAAGCUUGGAACGGAGGGUCACAAUGCGAGCAUUCGGAGCCGACUUGAUCCUCACUGAUCCCGCUAAGGGGAUGGGAGGUACCGUUAAGAAAGCAUACGAUCUUUUGGAGAAAACGCCAGACGCUUUCAUGCUUCAACAAUUCUCGAACCCUGCAAACACUAAGGUUCAUUUUGAAACGACUGGUCCGGAGAUUUGGGACGAUACAAACGGUAAAGUUGACAUCUUUGUGAUGGGGAUAGGAAGCGGAGGCACAGUAUCUGGCGUCGGCCAAUAUCUUAAAUCGAAAAAUCCUGAUGUUAAGAUUUAUGGACUCGAGCCUGAAGAAAGCAAUGUACUAAAUGGUGGCAAACCAGGACCUCACCAAAUAACAGGAAAUGGGGUCGGAUUCAAACCCGAUAUCUUAGACAUGGACAUAAUGGAGGAGGUUCUUAUGGUGUCCAGUGAAGAUGCAGUAAACAUGGCCAGAGAAUUGGCCUUGAAAGAAGGGCUUAUGGUUGGAAUAUCAUCAGGAGCAAAUACUGUUGCAGCAUUAAGACUUGCUCAAAGGCCAGAAAAUAAAGGCAAACUCAUUGUGACCAUUCAUGCAAGUUUUGGAGAGAGGUAUUUAUCAUCUGUGUUGUUUGAAAAAUUGAGGAAAGAAGCAGAAGAAAUGCAACCAGUUUCAGUUGAUUAGUGGAAUUUUUUACAAGUAAGAAUGAAUGUUGCAUGUUUUAUGUUGUGUAAUUCAAAUAUUUUGUAUACUGAAAUACAAGAAUGAUGUGUUUAUCUGUUCAUCAUUUUAUCUGUUUUAUUUUUUCAAAUACAUAAUACGUAUGUAUAUAUUCUAGGGCAAAA